GCGCCGCGGGGGUCACGUGGCCGCAAUGGCGCAGCGGUUCUGGGUGCUGAGGUGCUGCAGCUGCCGCCGCUUCCAGGGGCAGCAGGCCAAGCGCAGCGGGCGCUGGAGCUGCAGCGUGUGCGGGCAGCGGCAGGCCGUGCAGAAGGUUUACGGGCAGGGCUCGGGCCUGGAGUGCCGGCGGCACGUGCAGAAGCUGAACUUGCUGCAGGGUGAAGCAGAGGAGGCGCUGGGUUGGACAUCUUGGUGUGUAGAAGACUCUGUAAAUGACAGCAAAAAUAGAGCAGCACAGCAUGAGGACAGUUCAGUGCAGCAGGAGGGAAGGACAGAAGGCAGUCGCUGGAGUAAAUAUCUGGACCAGGAGAGUGAGGAUCAAGAAGAUGAGGAGGAGGCAGCUCUGGAAAGGCAACAGUUCUGUUCCCAGAGAAAGAACACUGUGGGAGAACGAAGGAAACACCCGAAGCGCUUCCUCUCCAGUGCUGCUCCAGAGCAUGCAGAAGAAAGUGGAGCUUCUCAGCUUGUCUAUCAAGCCAAAAAAGUUAAAACCACUGAGUGCAAGAAAGGCUUUGUAGCAGUGCCUGAUGGACAUGAUGGAGAUGCUGGUUCUGGAGGCAGUGUGGUUCCUGCUGUCUGUGAGACUGUAGUGCCUGAGGAGAAUACACAGCCCCCGACUGCUUGUACCAAACCAUCCAAGUGGGGAAAAUUUCUCUCAGUAUCUGACAGCUCUAGUGAAAAUGCUGCUGCAGUUCCCAUGGCACUGCAGGACAGUGGAGGUUUGGGGCUGGACAGCACAGCUGCUGGUGGAGCCUGGAGGUGCUCAGAAUGGGUUGGAAGAACUCUGCCUCAGGAUGCAGGGUUUGAAUUUAAAAAGUGUGUUGCUAGCACUGAGGAUCUGGCCUCAUCCCUGGCCAGCAGCAGGUGGCCAGUUGAGGAUGUGCUCAGAGAACCUCCCAGCCAGGUGCUGAGGGUGGGAUCUGUUGCAGACACCACUGCAGGAAGGUGCUGCUUGGACACCACGGGGAGGGCAAACACCCUUGUUAACUCUUCCCCUAGACCAAAGCUGAGCAACAUUUCUCGUGAGCAACUCUUCUGCACAGGUGAGGAGUUUGAUGAUGAUCUCUGAAGUUCAGGCAUCUUUGGCACCUCUUUCUUGGCUGUAAUGUAUUUGAGAUAACGUUUACUGAUACACUUUUGAACUAAAGGUUGUUUCACUCAAAGCCAUAGAGAA